CCUCCUUAGUGAGAAAAGAGCUCUCAUUCUCGCAGCGAAGAAGGGGAAGACAGACCUCCCAGCGCUUAUUGCUCUCCAUCCACAUUCUCCGGGAUUGAUACGGGAUUUCAAUGUUCAGCCUGCUCCUUAGCUUCUGUGUUGAGUGGGGUCGCCCCUAUAUGGCGUUUGCGAGCGUGAGCGGAGACUUCUGCCAGGCACAGCACCUCGCCUUCGUGGACAAGUGAACCGAGAGCCCCCCGAAAGACUACGCUACCCACAAGCCCCCCUGACCUGCGCCGCCUGCCAACACACUGGGCCUUCCACCUCACUGCCACCCCACCUCUCUCUCUCUCUCUUCCUCCCUCUCUCUCUCUCUCUCUCUGUGUCUCUUUCGGUGGCCCGCUCCUCUGCAGCCUUGACCCCGUCCGGAGCCCGUGACCUGUGACCCCGCGACCUCCCCCAGAGUUGUCGAGCGCACUGCACCGCCCCCCCCCUGCACUGCGCCAUCCCUCCGUCGGACGCUCUUCUGCUCCUGCAGUGAUUUCUCGGACUAGCCUGUCUUCCUCACCGCUCCUGAAUGGGACGUCUGGCCAACAUGAACCGCCCGGCAGCAGUAGAGAUCUCCUACGAUGGGAUGAAGUUCCUCAUCACACACAACCCCACCAACUCUACGCUCAACAAGUUCACAGAGGAAUUGAAGAAAUUUGAAGUGAAGACGCUGGUGCGAGUGUGUGAUGCCACCUAUGACAAAGCUCCAGUGGAGAUGGCCGGAAUCACGGUCCUGGACUGGCCCUUUGACGACGGAGCCCCUCCCCCCACCCAGAUCGUAGAUGAUUGGCUGAACCUGUUGAAGACCAAGUUCCGGGAGGAACCGGGGUGCUGCAUCGCUGUCCACUGCGUGGCGGGACUGGGCAGAGCUCCCGUGCUGGUGGCCUUAGCCUUAAUUGAGACUGGGAUGAAGUACGAGGAUGCUGUCCAGUUCAUAAGGCAGAAGAGACGUGGAGCCUUCAACUCCAAGCAGCUUCUUUACCUCGAGAAGUACAGGCCCAAGAUGCGCCUGCGCUUCAAGGACUCCAACGGCCACAACUGCUGCAUCCAGUAGACCCCCAGGGAGAGCAGCGUCCUCCUUACCUUUUUUUUAGCAAGAAGAUGAUGACGACGACCAAGAAGAAGAAGAAGAAAAACCAAACUCGAACCGACACAAAAAAAUAGAGAAAAAGAAAAAGUAAAUAUUUGCUAUGUAGGGACAGCAGCCGUGCGGGGGGGGCAGAGGUCAGAAAAGCGUUAAUGUUGUGGUGAUUGUGUUUGUCUUGAUACUGGACAGCGAUGAGCGGUUAACAGAAGGCAGGACUGUGUGCAGGACACAGGCCUGUAGAACACACCAGCUGUAUGAUUUUCAGAGCUAGAGGUCAAAGCACACCGAUUAGGCCCACCUCCUGGUUACCUGUGUACCAAUCACGGGCUUAGAAUCUCACUUCCUGUUGGCCUGUGAGCCAAUCACAGGCUAAAAUCCCUCCUGAUCUUUUUUUUUUCUCUCCUCUAUACCCCCACGACCCACCCACACUCCCCUGAUGUAAUCAUGGGAUAGCCUUUUUUUAUUUUUUGUUUUUUAUUCUACAUGAAAAAUGUUGUUUAAAUGAACCAGUGGUAAUAGAGAUUUAUACAUGUGAAAUUGUAAUGAUAUUAAUGAUUUGUAUUAAUAACAUUAUUGGUAUGAUUAUUCAUGGGCCAGACUUAUGUACUUUUUAAAUUUUGUUUUGAAGCCUCCCUACACAAACCCAAGUUGUUUUGGUCAAGGUGACUGUAGGAUGGGCACGGGUGUUAUUGCACAAAAAAAACAAACUGAACAGGUUCCAUUCAAAUGCAGUAACUUUCAUUCUCUCUCGCUCUCUCUCCUCUCUCUCUCUCUCUCUCUCUCUCCCUCUCCCUCCUUCCCUCUCUCCCCCUCUUUUGGGAACUUCCCUCUGUAAUGUUGGGGGUUUUCAGAUGGGCUUGACGUAUGUCCUCUGUAUUUAUUCUGUUUAAUUAAUCUCUGCCUGGAGUUGGGUAGGGGCCAGAGAUCCUUCACACUCAACACACACACACACACACACACACACACACACACUGACUUGUCUGUUAUCACUUCUUUUAAACAACCAUGUUUUCAGUUUUGUUUUCUGAAUCUCUGGGCAGUGCAAUAUUCAGUCCAGCUUAAAGAAGGCAGGCCUCACCCCUGGGACCGUCCUACACACACACACACACACACACAGACUUACACACAGGGACUUACACGCACACACAGACACACACACCAAUGAAAAUCGCACAGGAGGAGGCUUGGUUGGUUAUAGGUACUUGCUCACUUAUCAUGGCUGCUCACUCCUGUUUUAAAAAGGUAAUCGUCAACUUACACACACACACACACACACUCACACACACACACACACACACUCACUGUGACCCUACUGUUCAGCCCACAGUCACUGAAGGAAGGUUGCGGCAGCCGUGCCGUGUGUAAGGGUGAUCAGCUCAAGGUUUCUUUUUUAGCAUUUCCUCUGAACCUUUACCCCCUUACUUUGUCUUGGUUUUAAAAUAAAUGAAUAAAAAUCAAUAUAAACUG